GUCAGAAGUGGUCCAACCCUACAAAAGUCGGGGAUGAGCAAGCCUGUUCCUGGACGCCCUCGACGGGCGGGAAACGAAGGGAUGGGAACCGCGCAGGACCCGGCGCUUCCCCGCACUUCGCCCGGCGCCCGUCACGGUGCGUGGCGUGGAAGGGAGCCGGGCUCCUGUCGCGGGCGGAAUCUGCAGGGCCGGGGGCAUCGCCCCGAGGGGCGGAGGCCGGAAAGCCCCGCCCCGCACUGCGGGCCAGGCUGGGAGCAGGAAGGACGAAGUCCCGCCCGCACGCCGCUCCCGCCGGGACCAGGGGCUCCGGCACGCGGAAGCCCCGGGAGCAGGCGGGUGGCUUCCUGACUCCGGGCAGCGGGCAGGGAGGGGUGAGCGGGGAGCGAGGAGGAGCCGCCGCCCGGCCGCCGAGCUCCAGCAGCCUGCCGCCCGGCCGCCGCUGCCCGAGAUGGAAAUCCCGCCGACAGAGCACCCCGCCGCCACGGCGGCCUCGGUGGCGGAGAACUGCAUCAACUACCAGCAGGGGAGCCCCCACAGGGUGUUCCUGGUGCAGACCGUCCGCCAGGCCAGCAGGGAGGAUAUUCCGGGAAGAGGACAUAAGUAUCGCCUUAAAUUUUCUGUGGAAGAAAUUAUCCAAAAACAAGUUACAGUGGACUGCACAGCAGAAGUACUUUACCCUCCAACGGGACAACAUUCUGCACCAGAAGUCAACUUGACAUUUGAAGGAGAAAUCGGAAAGAACCCAGAUGAAGAAGAUAACACAUUUUAUCAAAGACUCAAGUCCAUGGAGGAACCACUAGAAGCACAAACUAUUCCAGACAAUUUUGGAAACGUAUCUCCAGAAAUGAAGCCAGUUCGACAUUUAGCCUGGGUUGCCUGUGGUUAUAUAAUAUGGCAGAAUUCUACUGAAAACACAUGGUAUAAAAUGGUAAAAAUUCAAACUGUCAAGCAAGUGCAAAGAAAUGAUGACUUCAUUGAGUUACACUAUACCAUUCUACUUCAUGACAUUCCAUCUCAGGAGAUUAUUCCCUGGCAAAUGCAAGUUCUCUGGCAUCCACAGUAUGGCACUAAAGUAAAACAUAGCAGCCGUCUGCCCAAGGAAGCACAACUGGAAUAAAUGAGGACCCUAACUCUGGAGGAAGUGUAAACAUGCUUAUUAACGAUGUGUAUGUCAGUCUUCACUGAUAUCUAGCUUAAGGGGCCAAACAAAUCCCAAAGUGUUGCUUAGUACAAAUGUCUUGAUUACAGUACUAUACAGCUUCUAUAAUAAAGUGCCAUGAGGUGCAAGCGUCUUAAUAACAGUAACAGUGCUAUGUAUAUCCCAUAAUAAAAAGCUUCAGUUCUCGUCUCA